UGUGUGUGUGUAUGUGUGUGUGUGUGUGUGUGUGUGUGUGUAUGUGUGUGUGUGUGUCACACUUGUUAGUUUCAGUACUGAGUGUGUGUUGGAGCUGCAGCAGCACAGUCUGGUCUGAGCGCAGCACGCUGAUGACCCACGAUGCAUUGUGAGACAUGACAAAUAGGAUCCAAUGGGAUAGCUCGGACAGGAUGUGCAGCAUGGAGCCGACAGCCGGCUGCUCUCCAACAGUUCCUGAGCCGGAGCUCUACCGCAGCAUCCAGGCGGUGCUGCCCAGGGACUCGGACCAGCAGUUGACCCCCGUCUGCUUCAACAAAGGCAUGCUGAGAUGGACGCUCCAUAAGAAGGUUCAGAACAAUCCUGGUAACAGCUUGUCUCUGGUGUGGGUGCUGAUCAAAGAGCUGGAGAAGGCUGAACGCUGGGACUCUCGUAAAUGCAUCAUGCCUCUGCUCCACACGCUCAUGUACGCCAUCAUUCAGACUGCCUACAUUCCAGAUGAGCUGUACAAACGGGUUUACGACUUCUGCAAGAGGCUCCUGACCUACCCUCAUCCUUACUGCACCGUCGGCCUCAGCUACACGAGGCAGAUGAAGACUGAGCGCUCCGUCCCCGGUCUGAUGUACCAGAGGAUGCUGACAGCAGAGCAGAGGAUAAAGAAUGAGCACUAUCCUUUUCAGGAGAGGGUGUUUGUUCUGGCUGAUCCGGACGUCUUCUCCGGUUCUCUGGGCCAGGUCCUGCUGGGCGACAUCGAGGCGUCGGGUGCUUCAGGCAGAUCCCUCGGUCCUCUCGAUCACAUGCGCUGUGUGGUCCAACACUCCCUUCAGGCUGCCUUAGGAGCCGAGCGCUGCCACGGACAGAGGCUGGCUCAGGCGCUGAAGGACGUGGGUCAAGACGUGGAGACGUACUUUCAGGAAGUGUUGGCGACUCUGGAGCAGAUCGCGGAGGACGGCGGCAGAGGGGAGGGAGGGGCGCUGAGGAGCCGCCUCCAGCAGAUAUACAGCGAGAUCGUCGGAGACGCAGACAUCGAGCCAUUGUCCAGUAGUCCACUGUGCGACUGUCCUCUUCCUAACCCAGAGAUGAGCUUCCACCUGUGGACGGAGGACCUGGAUAUCUGGCGCGAGCUGGCCAAGUGGCUUCGAUCCAGCUCCGUGACGGAGCAGUUCUCCCUCAGCCAGGAGCAAGAGGACUUCGAGCUGGGCGAGUCGCCCGGCGACCUGACGCCAUCCGACAUGGCUCGCUUCUCCGUCAUGUCCAACGACAGCGGCAUUGAAAGAGACCUGCCCCCCAGUGCUGAUCUGUCCUCACUGUCAUCUCUGGACUCUGCCAGCAUCAGUGCAUCAUGGGAACAAAGCAAAAGUGAGCCGGAUCCACUGAAGCUGUCCCGACGUGGAGGCAUCAAGAUGAAGCCGUCUGUGAAGGACAGCAUGGUGCUGAUGCAGGACACAAUGGAGGACCACGCGAACCUCGUGGGAGGAGGAGGAGGAGACGGAAAUGGAGGAUGGGGAAGAGGAAGAGGGGCGACUCUGCAGAGGCGUGCAGGAAACAGCACCAUGCAGAACCCCUUCCCCAAACAGCAGAGACACUUUACUGCCAGGAUAGUGGCCAUGGGGGACGACCAGGUACUGGGCCGCCUGGCCAAGGCCUACUACUUCUUUAGGAAAAGGGAAGCACGGAGGCUUUUCCUUACAAUAAAAGUCAACCUCCAGUUUUACUACAUCCCUGUUUGCAGGGCCACAGCUCCCACCUCACCUGUCAAGGAAAACGUCCAUCAGUCCAAGGGGAACCCCUGCGCUCUCGGUUCCUACUUGAGCAUGGUGGACCCGUGGUACAACUCCAACAUCAGGAGUUUAGGCUGCAUGAUCCCCAAACUGGCUGAAAUGCAGCAGACCAACCCGGGGACGCCCAAAGACCCCUUCGUGUCUGACGUCAUCUCCUACUACGUUCGCACCGGCCAGCAGCCGGUCUACUUCACCAUCUACUUUGUUAAGAUCAUUUUCACCAGCGCCAAGGAUCCUGUGGAAGACGUGUUCCUCACCCAUCUAGAAAUCGACUUUCCUGAGUUCAGACAGUUCUCAGCGUCAGUCCGAGACAAGCAGAGGAAGAGCUCAGCGGAGGUGUGUGGAGCCGUCAUCUCCAUGAUUUACAGAAAGGUGACGUUAAGCGGCCGAGACGUCGACAAAGGAAUCUCAGUGAGGACGUCAGGUGCUCAGAUCAACGCUGUUCCCUCGACUCAAGCAGAAGAUCUGAACUGUUUGACGCUCACGCUGAACGAAUCUCCAACAAAAACUAAAAACACCGUGGAUUCAAAGAUUCGGACCAGCAGCGUGAAGAUUCGCACUCUGGAGAGUCGAUCGUUCGUCGUCACGCUGGACAGAGAUUGUCGCAGGACGUUCAGAGACGUGCAGAGCAUCGAGGUCUCGCCCUGUCUCGAUCCCGGAUACUGCGUCCAGAAGACCAUGAGGUCCAAACUCAAGCUGGGAGAGGACAAAGACGCCGGACUGAGCAAAUACAUGAGCAAAGGACUUCCUCUGCCCAUCAACACAUUCGCCGGCAUCAUCACCUGACACGACAAAGUUUCCCCAACGUCCACGCUGAAGUCCAGAUUGACUUCUUCACGUACACGAAGACAGAGGACAGUCAUGAUGUGCGGCGAUUCGUCCUCUUCACGUCAUGACGGUCACAGUCAGACUGCAGAGAGAUCACUAAACUGUUGACAUCAUCGCUGUGAUUGGAUGUAAAGCUUAACCAAUCACUGGACUCCUUUCUGAUUUAAAUGUUUUGUCCCUGUUAACGUCCGUCAGCUCUCCCCGUCACACUAAAAGUCUGGAUGCAGAAGAAGAAGAAGCUGAGACUCGGUCUCGCUUCAGGUGACGAUCAUGUGACAGGAAAUCUGGAAAGUUUUAUUGAGUCAGUUUUUCUGCUUCAUAGACACACUACCUUUUCCUGCCUCCGACACACACACACACACACACACACACACACACACACAUUUGUUGACAAACUGGUACGAUGGUGUCGACUUUGUCUCCGCAGUGUGAUUCAGAUAACAUAACGUGAGCUGGAAACAACCGAUUGGGUUGAUAAAACGUUCCUGGAAUGUUUCUGGAACGUUCCUGGAAUGUUCCUGGAACGUUCCUGGAAUGAAGCGCACUAUGAGCAGCUGUUUGUGUAUCAGACGAGCAGGAAACACGAAGACGAUGAACGAGACGAAGAGCUGAGCACGGAGACGCUCGCACGCUCAAACGUUUGUGGCGGUGUGAAUCUGUGACGACGACAAACUGACCGUGUUUGCACUAAAACUGUGUGAGUGAUGUAAUCUGAUUACACGUGUCAUGAUCUUGACGCUGUGAGUUACAGAGGGAUGUGACAUACCGUGUGUGUGUGUGUGUGUGUGUGUGUGUGUGUGUGUGUGUGGUAACAGUUUGAUUGAUGAUAGAUUUUGCACAUUCCUUUCUCUGUCCUGUCCCGAACACGUCGUAAUAAUAGAAACCAUCAAAAGUCGUUCUGUCGAUAAAUAAAUGAUUUUUUUUUUUUUUUUGGUAAAAA